CUUAAGGCACCGCCCAGUUUUGCCUCUGCAGCGGGGAGAGUGUAUUUCCGCUUCCUGUGAGCCUCGCUGUGGUCCCUGCGGUUGGCAGCCGUGUGUCUCCGCCAUAUUGUCUGUGUGAUCCCGGCGGGAGCGGCGGCCGCGGGGAGCAGGAAGAGCAGCGAGACUCCUCCUACUGAAAGCCACAAGUUUUUGGGCUACAAACGCUCUGCCUGUCUCUAGCCGCCAAGCUAUCUGCCAUGUCAGGACCUGUGCCAAGUCGGGCCCGUGUCUACACGGAUGUGAACACACACAGACCCCGAGAAUAUUGGGACUACGAGUCACACGUUGUAGAGUGGGGGAACCAGGAUGAUUAUCAGUUAGUGAGGAAACUCGGCCGGGGUAAAUACAGUGAAGUCUUUGAAGCCAUUAACAUCACCAACAACGAGAAGGUUGUGGUAAAAAUCCUUAAGCCUGUGAAGAAGAAGAAAAUUAAGCGUGAGAUAAAGAUCCUGGAGAACCUGCGGGGUGGGCCCAACAUUAUCACCCUGGCAGACAUUGUGAAAGACCCUGUGUCCAGAACGCCAGCACUCGUCUUCGAACAUGUCAACAAUACAGAUUUUAAGCAGUUAUAUCAGACUCUGACUGACUACGACAUUAGAUUCUACAUGUAUGAAAUCCUUAAGGCACUGGAUUAUUGCCACAGUAUGGGUAUAAUGCACAGGGAUGUGAAACCUCACAAUGUAAUGAUUGACCAUGAGCACAGAAAGCUACGUCUCAUAGACUGGGGCCUGGCUGAAUUCUACCACCCAGGACAGGAGUACAAUGUCCGUGUUGCUUCCCGAUACUUCAAGGGCCCGGAGCUGCUUGUUGAUUACCAAAUGUAUGACUACAGUCUGGAUAUGUGGAGCUUGGGCUGCAUGCUGGCCAGUAUGAUCUUCAGAAAAGAGCCAUUUUUCCAUGGGCAUGAUAACUACGACCAGCUGGUGAGAAUAGCCAAGGUUCUGGGCACAGAGGACCUAUACGAUUAUAUUGACAAGUACAACAUAGAACUGGAUCCACGCUUCAAUGAUAUCCUGGGCAGGCACUCGCGCAAACGGUGGGAAAGAUUUGUACACAGUGAGAACCAACAUCUAGUCAGUCCUGAGGCACUGGAUUUCCUGGACAAGCUGCUGCGAUAUGACCAUCAGACCCGACUGACUGCCCGUGAGGCUAUGGACCACCCAUACUUCUACCCCAUCGUAAAGGACCAGUCCCGGAUGGGCGGCUCUAAUAUGCCCAGUGGCAGCACACCAGUCAGUAGCGCCAGUAUGAUGUCAGGUCAGUCCCGGUCCAGUGUUCGUGACAAGUCAGGGAUCUCUGCGGUGCCAACUCCUUCUGCCCUGGGCUCUCUCGCUGGAUCUCCUGUUAUCUCUGCUACCAACACCCUGGGGACCCCUGUCGCUGCUGCAGCUGGAGCCACCCAGUAGGAUGCACCACAGUUGACCCCUUGGCCCAUCUCCCUAAUUUACCUCCCACCUGAUGUGGAAGGAGGGGGCCCCAAGACAUUGGAAGCCCCCUGGACGAGCCGUGUCUGAGCAGUUCCUUGUGGAUUUAUAGUAGUUCUGUCAAAAUAUAUAUAUAUAUAUAUAUAUAUAUAUAUAUAUAUAUAUAUAUAUAUAUAUAUAUAUAUAUAUAUAUAUAUAUAUAUAUAUAUAUAUAUAUAUAUAUAUAUAUAUAUAUAUAUAUAUAUAUAAAAUUAGGCUGAAUAAUUUUUUUUUUUUUUUUUUACUUUGUUAUAGCUCCUGGUCACAAGUUGCUCUUGUGUCUGGGAUGUGGUUACUGGCCCUCGUGUCCCUAGGAUGUGGCUGCAGGCCAGAUAUACCCACAGAUUAUUUUUUGUUUGUUUUGUGUUUUUUUUUUUUUUUUUUAUUAUUAUUAUUGCAGGUUCACAUGAGCCUGAUGCCCACCCCCGUGUCUCAUUGUACCCAAGUGCUGCCGAGGCCAUGAUCUUUCUCUCUCUCUGCCCUCCAUCAUGGCAGACACUAAUCGUUUGGGUGCACUGACAGAAUUUGUGCAGCCCUUACCCCAACCAAAGCCUGUCCGUGUGGGAUGAGCCAUACACCGUUUUCUUUUGUAAAGGUUGCAAUGAGAUCUGCAUGGUGGUGCAAGCUGAGGUUUUUCUCUAUACCCCCUGCCCUAAUGUGCCAUCCUGGGAGGGAUCAGACACCUGAUUUUUGUUACUAUCCCAGAAAUGCCUCCCCAGCUCCUUCAUCCCCUUAUAAUUAGGAGCUGCCUCCAUAUGUCCCUGUGGCAUUCCUACCCCAUUCCUUGCUGGGAAGUGGCCUGCUGAGGUACCGGCCUCCUCAAUCAUGUUCAUGGGCAAGACUUGCUCUCAUGUCUCUCCACUACCCAAUUGCACCCACCCCCCCUCUCCCCCUUUUUAAUUUGCAACGCCUGUCCCCCAGCAAGGAGCUGUCUUCGUAACACAGAAAAUGCUUUUCUCCUUCACGUGACAGAUCUAAUGUUGGAACUAUUUGGUGUAAAUAAACAUGGUUUUAUUUAUCAA